AUGUCUCCAACAAGCCGAUUUUCGUCGUACCCUCCGGGCAUCCACGGCCCGUCCAUCACCUUCUUCCAGGACACUGUCCAGCAGGAGGUUGACUGGGAGACGCAGGAGAAGCACUUUGAGUUUAUGAUUAAGCAUCUGCACGGCAUUGUCCUGACCGGCUCCAGCGGCGAGAAUGCGACGCUCUCGAUUGAGGAGAAGAGCCAGAUGGUCCGCAAGGCCCGGGAGGUCGCCACGCGCCUCGGCAAGCCCGACUUCCCCAUCACGCUCGGCGUCAUGGCCGGCUGCACCCGCGACAUCCUGGCCCAGAUCGAGGCCGGCCACCAGAACGGCGCCGACUUUGCCCUCGUCCUCGUCCCGGCCGUCUUCCACUGGUCCAUGACCAGCGACGCCGUCCUCGACUUCUUCAAGGAGGUCGGCGACCGCUCGCCGCUGCCCAUCAUCAUCUACAACUUCCCCAACCUGCUGCAUGGCAUCGACGUCGACCCCUUUAUGCUCGAGGAGCUCGGCCGCCACCCCAACAUCUACGCCGUGAAGCUGACCUGCGGCAGCGUCGGCAAGGCCACGCGCGUGGCCGCGCAGUUUGAGCCGUCCCAGUUCACGUCCGUCUCGGGCAUGAGCGACUGGCUCGUCGCCGCCCUCGCCGCCGGCAGCAGCGGCUGCAUCUCGGGCGUCGCCAACAUCUUCCCCAGCGUCAUGAUGGAGAUCUACCGCCUCUACACCACCGGCCACAUGCAGGAGGCCGUGGCCCUGCAGAAGAAGCUCGUCAUGCCCGAGCUCGGCAUCGCCACCUCCGACGUCAGCGGCAUGAAGUGGCUGACCGCCUGGGCCCGCGGCUACCCGGAGACCAGCGUCCACUGCCGCCGCCCCAUCCCGCGCUUUGUCGACCAGGCCAAGAAGGACCGCGCCCAGGGCCUGCUGAAGCCGCUGCUGGCCGUCGAGGAGGAGUACAUUAAGAAGGCGGCCCAGGCCAGCGCGUCAAAACAGACCAACGGCAACUAG